CCUGUCCAUCAUUGUUAGUCGCCCGGCUGCCGAGCUGGUAGGAAGGUCAGACGGGAGGGUCAGUCUGGCUGGCGAGGCUUCAUGUCUCUCUAAAGAGAACCCGGGAGGACGCUCUUCCUCACUCUCUUGCUUCUGCCUCCCCUCGAGGCCUCGGUUUGCGCGGACGCCCUGCGUUUUUGGCACUACCACUCACCCGAGGUCCUUCCGCUUCCUCUUUCCCUAGGCUCCGCCCCCAGCGUCCCGUGGCCAUGACGACGGCCCCGAGGGACUCCCUGGUGUGGAAGCUAGCGGGGCUGCUGCGGCAGUCCGGGGAUGUGGUCCUGUCUGGCUGCAGCACAUUGAGCCUACUGACUACCACCCUGCAGCACCUGAACCACGUGUUUGAGCUGCACCUGGGACCAUGGAGUCCUGCCCAGACAGGCUUCGUGGCUCUGCCCUCCCACCCGGCCGACUCCCCAGUCAUCCUCCAGCUUCAGUUCCUCUUCGAUGUGCUGCAGAAAACGCUUUCACUCAAGCUGGUCCAUGUCCCUGGUCCCGGCCCCCCAGGGCCCAUCAAGAUUUUCCCCUUCAAGUCCCUUCGGCAGCUGGAGCUCCGAGGUGUCCCUGUCUACUGCCUGCGUGGCCUCCGUGGCAUCUACUCCCAGCUGGAGACCCUGAUUUGCAGCAGGAGCAUCCAGGCAUUAGAGGAGCUCCUCUCUGCCUGUGGUGGUGACCUCUGCUCUGCCCUCCCCUGGCUGGCUCUGCUCUCUGCCAACUUCAGCUACAACUCCCUGACCGCCUUAGACGGCUCCCUGCGUCUCUUGUCAGCUGUGCGUGUCUUGAACCUGAGCCACAAUCAUGUCCAGGACUGCGAGGCCUUCCUGAUGGACUUGUCUGAGCUCUGCCAUCUGGACGUCUCCUAUAACUGCCUGCAUUUGGUGCCCAGGAUGGGACCCUCAGGAGUUGCUCUGGGGACCCUGAUACUGCGAGGCAAUGAGCUGCGGAGCCUGCUUGGCGUGGAGCAGCUGAGGAACCUGCGGCAUCUGGACGUGGCCUACAACCUGCUGGAAGGACACGGGGAGCUAUCGCCACUCUGGCUGCUGGCUGAGCUCCGCAAGCUCUAUCUGGAGGGGAACCCUUUGUUUUUCCACCCUGCGCACCGAGCGACCACUGCCCAGUACUUGUCACCCCGUGCCAGGGACGCUGCUCCCGGGUUCCUUCUUGAUGGCGAGGUCUUGUCAUUUACUGAUUUUCAGACCUCCACUUCCUCAGGGCUUGGCCCUGUGGCCCCGCCUGUGCCCUGGCUAGUUGGGAGUACCACUGAGACCUCAGGUGGCCCCGACUGGAGUGACAGUCCCUCCUCUGGGGGCAUCGUGGUCCGUCCCUUGCUUCGGAAGGUUAAGAGCCGAGUUCGCGUGAGGCGGGCCAGCAUCUCUGAACCCAGUGAUACUGACCCAGAGCCCCGGUCUCUGGACCCUGCCCCAGCAGGCUGGUUCGGACAGCAGCGCCGGGAGCUUGAGCUCAUGAACAGCUUCCGGGAACGGUUUGGCUGUGACUGGCUGCAGUAUAGGAGUCACUUGGAAACCUCUGAGAACCCCCUUCCGACAACCUCCAAGACAUCUGACCUCAGCACUGUGCCCCCGGAUGCCCUGGGCCCGGAGCCUCCGCCCAGCCCUAUGCCUUCAGAGGAAGCCGACAGCCCUGAGGAGUCAGUGCAGGAGGCAUCAGAGGAGGUCAGGGUGGGGCCGGAGCCCCAGGAGGAAGAGGAGAUGGAGGAACUGGAAGGAGGAGAGGAAGGAAAGGAGGACCAGGAGGAGGAAGAGGAGCAGGAGCAGAACGAAGUGGAAGCGGAGCUGUGCCGCCCCAUGUUGGUGUGCCCCCUGCAGGGGCCUGAGGGUGUGCGGGGCAGGGAGCGCUUCCUCCGGGUCACCUCAGCCCACCUGUUUGAGGUGGAACUCCAAGCAGCUCGAAUCUUGGAACGGCUGGAGCUUCAGAGCCUGGAGGCAGCUGAGAUCGAGCCUGCAAUGCAAACCCAGGGAGAACCAGCAGCUGGCGACUCAGAGUCGCUCCCAGUCCUUGUGCUGCGCUUCUCCUACAUCUGCCUCGAUCGGCAGUUACGCCGCUACAUGGUGCUGGAGACUGAUGCCCACGCAGCUGCCCAGGAGUUGCUUGCUGUGUUGACCCCAGCCACCACCAUGGCUCGGUGUCAGCUUGGGGAAGUGAGGGAGCCUCUGGGGGACAGAUUCCAGUGUCUGCGUUGUGGCCAUGAAUUUAAGCCAGAGGAGCCCAGGUUGGGACCGGACAGUGAGGACGGCUGGAGGCCUCUGUUCCAGAAGACUGAUUCUCCUGCUGUGUGUCCAAACUGUGGUAGUGAUCACGUGGUUCUCCUGGCUCUGUCCCCCACUGGGGAGCGGAGACAGGGAGAGCAGCCCCCAGCUCUCUGUCUGUCCCUCAGCCCUUUCUGUGACUCUUCUGGCCACAGUGACCCCCACAAUAGAGUUGACAGUGUCCCAUCUCAGGCACUGCUCUCCCAAGACCAUAGCAGUUGGAGCCUUACUCCCCCCCCUGACAGCUGUGGUCUCCGUGCUGUGGACCACCGGCUCCGGCUCUUCCUGGAUGUGGAGGUGUUCACCGAUGCCCAGGAGGAGUUCCAGUGCUGCCUCAAGGCGCCACUGGUGUUGGCAGGCCACACGGGUGAGUUUCUGUGUCUCGUGGUGGUGUCUGACCGCAGGCUUUACGUGUUGAAGGUGACAGGGGAGAUCCGUGGGCCUCCAGCUGGCUGGCUGCAGCCUACCCUGGCCGUCCCCCUGCAGGAUGUGAGCGGCAUAGAGUUGGGCCUGGCAGGACAGAGCCUGCGGCUGGAGUGGGCGGCUGGAGGGAGCAGCUGUGUCCUACUGCCCCGAGAUGCCAAGCGUUGCCAGGCCUUCCUGGGGGAGCUCACUGAUGUCUUGCAGUCUCUGCCCCCCACCUGGAGGAGCUGCGUCAGUGCCACAGAGGAGGUGGUGACCCCCCAGCACCGGCUCUGGCCACUGCUGGACAAAGACUCUUCGGUGGAGGCUCCCCGGUUCUUCUACCUUCGGGUGUUCCUGGUGGAAGGUCCCUCUCCAUGCCCUGUGUCCCUGCUGCUGACUCUGUCCACCCUGUACCUGUUAGAUGAGGACCCUGUCGGGCCCCAGGCAGAGGCCCCGCCUCCAGCAGCAUCUGUCGAAGCUUCUGAGAAGGCUGCUCUCUUGGGGCCCGGCCCUUCUGUGGGUGUCAGGGAGCAGCAGCCACUCAGCAGCCUGAGCUCAGUGCUGCUCUACCGCACGGCCCCGAAGGACCUGCGGCUGGUCUUCUACGAUGAGGUGUCUCGGCUGGAGAGCUUUUGGGCACUCCGUGUUGUGUGUCCUGAGCAGCUGACAGCACUGCUGGCCUGGAUCCGGGAGCCCUGGGAGGAGUUGUUUUCCAUCGGAUUCCGGACUGUGACCCAUGAGGCUCUGGACUCUGACCAGUGAGGCUUCCACCACCACCCCUGGCCCUUGCCUCAGGUGAUUUGAACUGAGUUGGAGCCACGGAAAGGAUCCUAACUAAACAAGCCCCCGACUCUGACUUGCACACUUGCGCCAGCCUGAGUAGGGUCUGUUUCUUGCAUCAGGAACGAACACGAUAUCAGUAAUACAUCCAUAUAUUUGUGUGGAGAGGCACUGGUAAGAAGGCUUGGGGAAGAGUACUGGGGGCUCCAGUCAAGUUGCCCUUGAGGAGCCCCAAAGCGGGGACUCUGGCUGAGGAUGUGUGUGGAUGGGUUUGGGCGCUAAUGGCAGCUCACGUGGAGCAUUUCCAUGCCAGGCACUCAGGUGCCUAACAACAGUGGCUGUUCCUUAGGGGGGUCCUGAAGUGGGGGGCAUCUCCUUACAGGUGAGGAAACGGAGGCUGGGAGGAAUUAAAUGACCUGUUCGAGAUCACAGAGCUGCUAAAUGGAAGAGAUUUGACUUGUGUCCAGUCUGUGUGGCUCUAUGCCCUGGCCUGUCUGCAAGCCGCUGGGCCCUGUGGGAGGCCUGUCUGUGCACAGGCCCUCUCACUGGGGCGAGAAUUGCUUCACUGGAUGUGGGGAUUGCUGAGUGAGAUGCUACACUUGUCCAGGAUGAGCAUAUCCAGAUGGACAUUUUCAGUUUCUCGUUUCUCCAUAGCAUGGUGGGAUAUUAGGGGAAGUAUUCAUUCAUGGGUGGUUUUCACCCCUCCCAGCUGAACUGGAGAGCUGCCAUCGCUUUAGGGAGAGCCCACGGCAGCGAACGAAGAUGCCGGAGCUCAAGGGGUAAGCCAUAAGAAGAGAUUCAGAAGGGGCCCUGAAUGGAUAGAGACUUCGGAGAAGACUGUUGGAAGCAGUGUAAGAGCAAUUCCUUUUGAGGUUGGGGCUCCCAGGGUGGAAGAGACCUAGGCUGUACCCACUGUGUGGAACCAUUGAGGACUGACCUGUCAGAUGCUCCCCACACCACAAGGGCAGAUGGAGAACCUUUGCAUGGCAGUUUGGAAGGACAGGACAGGGCUGGUGACAGUCCACUGGGCUUCUCUUGAUUGGAGGAGGGAGGUGGCUCAGAGAACCCCAUGGGCCUCAGUGGGGCAGGGCAGUUAGCUGAGUGUGAGCUGAAGAGUGCAGGGUCACUGCAGGAGAGCCAGAUGUGCCCAGCCCGAGGGGGGGAUGUGGCCAAAGUGAAUUGUUUCAAGUUUAGACCAGGUCACUGCAGGGCUCACCUGAAAGAGUUUUUUAGCCUCAGCUGUGAAAUGAAACACUGUGAACCCUCCUUCCAGCGUGGAUUUGUAGGAUCCCUGACCAUGGAAGAGUUCAAACUGAUGCCUCUAGGUGGUUUAGCCAGUGAAUCAGAGUCUGCCAUGAAUGCUGGGACAGAAAGGAGGGGAGGUGGGUAGGUGGGGUGGUAGUGUGGUGGAGUGGCAGGGGGAUACAUUGGAGGUAUCCGGAUACACAGUGUCUAGGAAAUGGCUCUGUUAAGGGAGAUUUGUCCAGCCAAGGAAGAAACCCUGGUGGCACAGUGACUAAGCACUGGUCUACUAACUGAAGGCUCAGCAGAUUGAACCCACCCAGCAAUUCUGCGGGAGAAAAGAUCUGGUGAUCUACUUCCAUAAAGACUGUUGUUGUUAGGUUCCGUUGAGUUGGUUCUGACUCAUGGCGACCCUAUGUACAACAGAAUAGAACACGGCCCAGCCUUGUACCUUCCUCGUAGUCUUUUAUUAUGCUUGAGCCCAUUGUUGCGGCCACUGUGUCCAUCCAUCUCAUUGAGGGUCUUUUUUUUUCCAUGACCUACUUUACCAAGCAUGAUCCUUCUCUAGGGACUGGUCCUCCUAAUAACAUGUCCAAAGUGUAUGAGAUGAAGUCUCGCCAUCCUUGCUUCCGAGGAGCAUUCUGGCUGUACUUUUUCCAAGAUGGAUUUUUUCGUUCUUCUGGCCCAGUCCAUGGUAUAUUCACUAUUCUUUGCCAACACCAUAAUUCAAAGGCAUCAAUUCUUCGGUCUUCCUUAUUCAUUGUCCAGGUUUCCCAUGCAUAUGGGUCAGAUUCACCUUAGUCUUCAAAGGGACAUCUUUGCUUUUUAACACUUUAGAGAGGUCUUUUGCACCAUAUUUGCCCAAUGCAAUACGUGGUUUAAUUUCUUGAUUGCUGCUUCCAUGGACGUUGAUUGUGAAUCCAUAAAGAUUACAGCCUAGGAAACCCCCGGGGGUGGUUCUACUUUGUCCUAUAGGGUCACUAUGAGUCAGAAUUGACAGCACACGACGACAGCCUGGGCUGGGGCUGGUGUUGGAAGGGGACUCAGAAUUCAGAGGCAGGAGUGGAUUUGCUGCUACUUGGUUUGUAUAAACAGAUUUUUCAUAAACUUCUGGACAAAUUUUAAUAUGUUAAGAAUUAAACGAAAAUAUGACAUUUAGGCAAUAGUGCCUUGUAUUAUAAAUCGCCAGUAUUAGGAGAUCAGGUAACUAAAAAUAGCAGGCAAACAGUUUGACAGUGUGGGUGUGACCAAAGCCAUGUUCUGUGUAUCCUGUAAUGCGCUCUCUCCACUGACUGAUGUGACUUUAAUCAGAAUGGAGUGUAUUCUUCACAGCACUUAAGCAUAAGGAUGGCGAGUUGGAGCCUGUCCUGGCUGCCACGUGGAUGGUAUUCAUAUAGGUUCAGGAGGAUCUCCUGAGACCAGGGGUCCCCACUCCCAGAUCCAUCACCGCCUUUAAGAUCAUAGAUAAAAUCUACCUGUCUUAAUCUCCUAGGGUGUUGUAACAGAAAUACAAAUGGGUAGCUUUAAAUAACAUAAUUAUUUUUUUUACAGUUCAGGAGCUGUAAGUCUGAAUUCAAAGCGUGGCUCUAGGGGGAAGUCCUUCCUUGUCAGUAGCCCUGUGAGUUUCUUGGUGCUCUUUGGCAUCCGCCUUCCCCCUGCGUGUGUGUCUUAGUCAUCUAGUGCUGCUGUCACAGAAAUACCACAAAUGGAUGGUUUUAACAAAGAGAAAUGUAUUAUCUCACAGUCUAGGAGGCUAGAAGUCCCUAUUCAGGGUGCCAGCUCUAGGAGAAGGCUUUCUUUUUCUCUGUUGGUUCUGGGGAAAGGUCUUUGUCAUCAAUCUUUCCCUGGUCUAGGAGCUUUGCAACACAGGAACCCCAGGUUCCAAGUUCUGCCUUGGGCACUGAUUUCUUGGUGAUAUGAGGUGUCGUUUCCCCUCCCCCUCCCCCCCGCCUUUGCCCCCUUCUCUCUUUUAUAUCUAAGAAGACAUUGACUUAAGACACACCCUACUCUUGUAGAUUGCGCAUAACCUCAUUAACAUAACUGCUGUAAUCCUACCUUGUUAGCAUCAUAGAGGCAGGAUUUACAACACAUAGGAAAAUCGCAUCAGAUGACAAAAUGAUGGACAGCUGUACAAUACUGGGAAUCAUGGACCAGCCAAGUUGACACACAUUUUUGGGGGGCACAAUUCAAUCCAUGACAGUGUGUCAGUGUCUAUUCUGCUUUUUAUAACUCAAGAAGUGAUUAGGCUUAGGACCCGCUCUAUUCUGGUAUGCCCUAGUUAACAUAAAAAAAGAAAACCCCUAUUCCAAACAGUGUCAAAUCUAGAGGUGCAGAUGCCCAGACUUUAAUAUAUAUGUUUAGGGGAACACAAUCUGUAACACUACCCAAUCACGUAUUUCACAAAAUUAGCAUACUGCCCAAAGUGAAAUAGGAGAAAUAAAAUGAAAAUAAUUUUUAGAAAAAAUAUGCACUCUGACAUGUAAAGGGUCAGGCAUGACUAAACUAGAAGACAAAACCCCACACCAGAACAUUGUCUCUGUGAAGAGCCAGGUCUUUGAGUGCCUGAGGCUUGGGCCUGCAGGGCUGGGCCUGCACCAACUAGUGAGUCUCUGUCUUGUGACCAAGGGGCUGAGGGGAGUCCAUGGGCUAGUGUAAAACAGGUCACUGUCAGAGAACCAUAGUAGAUGGUCAGUAAAGGUACGCUGCCCUCAAUAUAUACACAGACACACACAAACAUGCUCAUACAGAUGUAUACACUCAGGCACACAGAUAAACUCACGCACACAGACACACAUUCCAUCUCGUGUCCAUCAUCCACCCUCGAUCUUGUACCCACUUUCCAUCUCCACCUUGUGCACAUUCUAUAUCCUGUGUCCACCCUCCAUCUUGUGUCCAUCCUCCAUCUUGUAACCAUUCUCCAUUUCCAUCUUGUAUCCAUUCUCCGUCUUAGGUCCACCCUGUAUCCUCCAUGUUGUAGCCGUCUUCCAUCUUCCAUACUCUGUCUUACUCAUCCUCCACCCUGAAUAUUGGGUCCACUGUCCAUCCGCCAUUUUGUGUUCAUCCUCCAUCCUUCAUCCAUCCUCUAUCUUGUGUCCACUCUCCAUCUUGUCUCCACCUGCAUCUGCCAUCUUGUACCUGUCCUCCACUCUCUAUCUUGUAUCUUGCCUUUACCCUCCAUCUUGUAUCCACAUUCCAUCUUAUAUCCACCGUCUCUCUUGUAUCUGUCCUCCAUCUUGUAUUCAUCAUCCACUCUGGAUCUUGUGUUCACCCUCCAUCCUCCAUCAUGUGGCCAUCUUCCAUCUUGUAUCCAUCCUCCGUCGUGUAUCCACCCUACAUGUUUUGUCCACCCUUCAUCUUGUCUCCAUCCUCCAUCGUGUAUCCGUCUUCCAUCUUAUAACCACCUUCCAUCUUGUACCCACCUUGCAUCCUGUAUCUAACCUCUAUCUUGUAACCCCCUUCCACUCUCCCUCUGUAUCCUCCUCCGUCUUGUAUCUUCCUCCAUUUUGUCUCCACCCUUCCAUCUUGAUUUAUUAUAUUAGCUUAUGUAAUUGCUAAUGGUAAGGCAGUGAUGGUUCAGUGAUAGAAUUCUUACCUUCCAUGCGAGACACCUAGGUUCAGUUCCUGGCCAAUGCACCUCAAAUGCAGGCACCACCCAUCUGUCACACGAAGCUUGUGUUUCUAUGGUGCUGAAUAGGCUUUAGUGGACUUCCAGACUAAGGCAGACUAGGAAGACAGGCCUGGAGAUCUACUUCCAAAAAUUAGCCAGUGAGAACCUUAUGGAUCACAAUGGUCCAACCCAUAACCAAUUAUGGGGAUGGCACAGGACGAGGUAACAUUUCAUUCCAUUGUGCAUGGCAUUGCAAUGAGUCGGGGACCAACUUGACGGCAGCUAACAACAACACCAAACUUAAACAAUUGCUCUUCUCCAUAUAACUUGAGAUAGGGUUUUAUGUAUCCCCAAUUUACAAAAGUAAACUGAACAUGGCAAAUAUUAAGAACUGUUAAGAAAUAAAGCACAAAUUAAUUAUAAGGUAUAUAGUGUUUAUUUGAGCACUUACUCUGUAUGCAUACAGGGAGAUCAUUUUUUCAAAAAAAAAAUGAAUGGCUCAAUGCAAGCUAUUUGCAGUGAGGCUUUUAAGGAGACGAGGAGGAAACAGAAAAAGUAACCAUUGGCUAGUCUCAACAGAAGGAACCCUGGUAGUGUGGUGGUUAAGUGCUCAGCUGCUAAUCAGAAGGUCAGUGGUUUGAAACCACCAGCUGCUUUGCAGGAGAAAGAUGUGGCAGGCCACAUCUGUAAAGAUUAUAGCCUUGGAACCCCUAUGGGACAGUUCUACUCUGUCCUAUAGGGUCACGAUGAGUUGGAAUCGACUCGACAGCAAUGGGUUUGGUUUUAGUCUCAACAUGAUGGAUUGAAAUCAUGCCCCGUUUUCUAAGAUCAGUUGACAUCACGUUACUAGGUGGUUUCUGUCGUCCCCAAUCAUUUGAAAUUGCCUAAAGUUAAAUUCUUUGUACAAGAGAAACUUUAAAUAGAUUUAUGGUUCUCAAAGCUGUUUUAUUCCUGAGGGGGUUUGCAAUUAUAUGAUUACCUGUCUCCCUGGUUGCUCAGUGGUUGAGAGCUCGGCUGCUAACCAAAAGGUCAACAGUUCGAAUCCACCAGCUGUUCCUUGGAAACCCUAUGGGGCAGUUCUGCUCUGUCCUGUAGGGUUGCUAUGAGCCUGAAUUGACUCUAUAGCAACAGGUUUUUUUGGUUUGGUUUUCACAGUAUUUCUUUUUAUCUGCUCUUGGAUACAUUUCACCUUGGUCAGUAACAUUUGUGAAGGUUCCCGUACACUCAGAGAAUCUGUCAAUUCCUGUAUCUCAGUUUCUCUCUUUUAACAAAAGGUUCCCCAAGAUUAGAGAGCCGGUUGUAGUAGGUGAUGAAAUGAUUUAGAACGAGCUGGCUCCCUCCAAAAUGGAGCUUCUCUUACUGUCCCUUGCCACCUUCUACAAAAACCCAGGUGUAGCGAGUUCACAUGAAGUAUCCCAAUGAAUCUUUAUAACACCCUGUGAGGCGUGCUUUAUCAUUUCUACUUUAAUGAUCAAGUAAUUAGCUCUCAGAGAUGCUCAUGAUCACAUGCGCCAAGUUCAGCAAGCGUGGGCACUAUGGGUCUAAACUGUGAUGUAUCUCAUUGCAUAGAAUUAAAGCGAAACCUGUGAGAGCCAAAACUUGAUGGGACUGCCUUGUUUUUCCAGGUCUUGCAAGUUUUCUGCCUUUGACAGGGUGCAGUGUUACCACUUUUCCAUCACUCUCUAUUAGUGGAAAAUAUUUUUAGUUUUCCUUCUUUAACAGGUUUCCACCUUACACAGGUUUUACUGUAAAUCCAAUAUCACUUUUCUAGCCAAACUUUGAUUAAUCUAAAAGUUAAACAGAACUAAUUUUUAAUCCCCAAGUAGCUUCCCAUGCCCCCUCAUUAGAUGGUAUAUACUAUGCCUUUCUCUUCACUGAUACCUGCUUUCUCACAGGGUGAAAAGUCACCUUAAUUAUAAAGUAAAAGUGAAAUAUCCUACAGAGAACAAACCACAAAGUGUAGCAUUCAUAAGUAUAAAAUCAAAACAACUUUUAAUUAAUCACUUAGCAGUAUAUUCAUUUCCAUUCCUCAUAGUUGUUUAUAUUUGGAUGUUGUUUUUGUUGUUAAGUGUUGUCUUAGUCUAAGUUCUCUAGAGAAGCAAAACCAGUCAAGUGUGUGUGUGUGUAUAUAUGUAUACACACACACACAGAUUUAUAUUAACGAAAUGGCUCAUGCGAUUAUAGAGGCUGGAGCGUCCGAAGUCUGUGGAUCAGGAUAGAGCUUCUCCUGAUUCAUGUAGCUGCAGGGGCUGGCUAACCCAAGAUUGGUAGGUCGGAGAGCUCAGCUCUUGUUCACUGGCUGUGAAGAUUGAUGAAUCCCAAGAUCAGCAGGCAAGACCUCAAGGCUUCUCCUGAUUGACUAGCUGCAGGGGCUGGCGAACCCAAGAUUGGGAGGUCAGAGAGCAGGGCACUUGCUCACAGGCUGUGAAGAUCGAGGAAUCCCAAGAUUGGCAGAUAGGCUGUUAGCUCAAGUCCCAGGAACUGGAGGUCAGAUGAACAGGCAGCAGCUGCAAGAUCCAGGGCAGGCAAAACCCAGAAUGUCCACUUAUAUUUGGAUGCAGGCCACGUGCCCAAGGAAAAUCCCUUUCAACUGAUUGGCUACUCACAGCAGAUCCCAUCAUGUGGGUGAUCACACAUAAACACUGAGAAUCAUGGCCCAGCCAAGUUGACACACAAUCUUAACCAUCACAGGUGUCAUCAAGUCAGUUCCUACUCACAGCGGCCUUAUGUACAACAGAACAAAACACCGCUUGGCCCUGUGCCAUCCUCACAGUCAUUGCUAGUUUGAGCCCAUUGUUGCAGCCAGUAUGUCUAUCUCAUUUUCUGCUGACCCUCUUUUCUGCUGACCCUCUACUUUACCAAGUAUGAUGUCCUUCUUCAGCAAUUGGUCUCUCCUGAUGAUGUGUCCAAAGUAAGUAAGACUAAGUCUCACCGUCCUUAUUUCUAAGGAGCAUUCUGGCUGUACUUUCCUCCAGGACAGAUUUGUUCGUUUUUCUGGUAAUCCAUGGCAUAUUCAAUAUUCUUCACCAACACCAUAAUUCAAAUGUGUCUGUGUGGAACACCUGGGGGUGGGUGGGACCAUGCAAAUAAGGUGUAUGGAACCCAAACGAGGGAACUGGUCAGUUUUGCCAUCCUGCUUAGCUUUAAGGACAGCCAAUCUCAGAGCAGAGAGGGGGCCUCAUUAUCAACAAGAAGACCCGGGAGUGAAGCACCUGCUUUGGACCUGAGGGCCCUGUGUUGAGAACCUCCUAGACCCAGGAGACAGAGCUGUAAUAUUGGAGACAGUGCAAGACAGCGAGAAGCAGUAUCAGAGAAUGGCAGCAGCAGAACCAGGAGACCGGUGUGAGAUGGUACAGUGAGUAAGCUUCCUGGCCCAUGAAGUGAGACAGCUACUGUGGGUGUGCUGAUCCAUGGAACGAAAUAGCUGAGCACUUUCGGGCAGGAGGCUUCCUGGUGGAGUGGGGCUCCUCCAGGCAUUUAUUGGCAUUGCUGAAGAGCUUUGUAACUUUUGCCUGAGCAGGGCAGAGGCUGGGCCGAGGAGUCGAGAGACCGAGGGCCAGAGAGAGGUCUUCCUGUGGUCACAGCUUAGAAGCUGUCCUGACUGAAGAACUGUAUCCUGGGUCAUUUCUGAUCCUGAAUUGUAACCUGUUACUUCCCUAAUAAACCCCAAAACCGUCAGUAUGGUCUGUGAGUUCUGUGUGGCCACUGCAACAAAUUAUCAAAACCCAGCAGAGAAGUGGAGAGUGCCAUGGGAGGACGGCUGGUGUUGGAAUAAGGUUGGACGUCGGAGGGCAUGUCUGACCUCCACUCCAUAGCAGUCAGCCUUGAGGUGUUGAUGCUGAUAAUGACCCUCUUUUCCCCUGACGUCAGAGGACCUCUGAUGACACCAAGCCGUUUUUACACAAUUUUCAUUGUCGUUGUUUGACUUUGCGUGCCUAUGAGGUGAUGGCAUAGAUCGUGGCUUGGGUCAGGUGCACCUUAGUCCUCAGUGUCAUCUUUGCUUUUUAACACUUAAAAGAGGUCUUUUGCUGGAGAUUUUCCCAGUGUAAUACAUCGUUUGAUUUCUUGACUGCUGCUUUUAUGGACAUUGAUUGUUUAUCCAAGAAGAUAAUUUUGCUGAUCCAAGAAGAAUGAAAUCCUUGACAACUUCAUUCUUCUUGGGUAAUAACUCAGCUUCUCCACUCCCCUCUGGACAAUGAAUAAGGAAAACUGAGGAAGAAUUGAUGCCUCUGAAUUAUGGUGUUGGUGAAGAAUAUUGAAUAUACCAUGGACUGCCAGAGAAUGAACAAAUCUAUCUUGGAAGAAGUACAACCAGAAUGCUCCUUAGACACAAGGAUGACGAGACUUUGUCUCACGUACUUUGGACAUGUUAUCAGGAGGGACCAUUCCCUGGGGAAGGACAUCAUGCUUUGUAAAAUCCUCACAACUGGACCAAUAAGCAACAUCAUGAUCAACGGAGAAAAGAUUGAAGUUGUCGAGGAUUUCAUUUUGCUUGGAUCCACAAUCAACGCCCAUGGAAGCAGCAGUCAAGAAAACAAACUAUGCAUUGCGUUGGGCAAAUCUGCUGCAAGAUAUCUCUUUAAAGUGUUAAAAGAACAAAGAUGUCACUUAAGGACUAAGGUGCUCCUGACCCAAGCCAUGGUGUUUUCAAUCACCUAAUAUGCAUAUAAAAGCUGGACAAUGAAUAGGGGCAACUGAAGAAGAAUUAAUGCCUUUGAUUUUGGUGUUGGUGAAGACCACUGAAUGUACCAUGGACUGCCAGAAGAACGAACAAAUCUGUCUUGGAAAAAGUACAACCAGAAUGUUCAUUAGAAGCAAGGAUGGUGAGAUUUGUCUCACAUACUUUGGACAUGUUAUCAUGAGGGGCAGUCCCUGGAGAAGGACAUCAUGCUUGGUAAAGUAGAAGGUCAGCAAAAAGGAGGAAGACCUUCAAUGAGAUGGAUUGACACAAUGGGCUCAAGCAUAACAAUGAUUGUGAGGAUGACACAGGACUAGGCAGUGUUUCCUUCUGUUGUGCAUAGAGUUGCUAUGAGUUGGAAUGGACUUGACAGCACCUCACGUAACAACCAUUCCCCCCUCUGCUACCUGGCUUUCUCACUUGCCUCUGGAUAUAUCUUUUCUACAUCCUCAUCGCUGAGGUUUGUACCCCACUAGCCUCCCAGCCUUCUCAGCAUCGUUGCCGGCCAGCCCAGCCAGUUUCUUGGCUCCUAUUUCUGGAUGAGGCAGUCUGGUGAAUUCAGCUCAUUUUUUGUGUCAGGCCACGGGCCUGAGGCAUCAACCAGUUUAUGGAUUAACUGCCCUUGGGACUGCAGGAAUGGGGCUACGUCACGGCUGAGGCCUUUCGUCAGGAAAGGCUGUGGGCAGGGCUGCCCUGGCCUGGCUAACUUACCACACCUCCAAAUCCUUGAGGUUCAAGUAUUUAAAAAUUAAAAGGGGUCAUUUAAAAACUUUUUGUUUGAAAAUUAAUAAACACACCCAUUAAAAAAUUCAAAAUGUGUGAAAGGAUAUACAGUGAAAAGCAAGUAGCUCUCACAUCCCUGACCUUCUAGGACACCUUGUCAGAGCCAAGCAUCAUUACCUGUUUUUGUGUAGAGAUCUUUGUGCAUGCACACCCGUAUGUAUACAUUUCCCUCAGAAAAGGAUAAUC